GGUGCCCGCUCCCAGCUCAGCCUGCUCAACAUCAUCACGGAGCUGAAGAAGUGCUGCAACCACCCGUUUCUGUUCCAGUCGGCAGAGGAGGAGUACCGGCUGCGUGCGGGGGGCGAUGAUGAUGUGGCCACACGCCUCGUGGUCACCAGCGGCAAGAUGGUGCUCCUGGACAAGCUGCUGCGGCGCCUGGCGGUGACGGGGCACAGGGUGCUGGUGUUCAGCCAGAUGGUGCGGGUGCUGGACAUCAUCAGCGACUACAUGCGCCUGCGCGGCUUCCAGCACCAGCGCCUCGACGGCUCCACCCCCGCCCAGCAGCGCCACCAGGCCAUGGAGCACUUCAAUGCGCCCG